AUGGAGCGUCUGAAGUUAGUCCUGCAAUAUUUCCAGUCCAACUCGGAGUCCAUCUCCAAUGGUAUCUGUAUCAUACUAGCCCUGGUCAGUGUCAAGCUGUAUACCAGCUUUGACUUUAACUGCCCCUGUAUACCUCAAUACAACAAACUCUACUCGCUGGGGGUGAUGUUUGUCCCGCCAAUCAUAUUCUUCUUCCUGGGGGUCCUGGUGAACCGACACACGGGGGUGAUGAUGGAGGAGUGGUUGAGGCCCAUCGGAAAGAGAGCAAAAAAUCCUGCCGUUGUCAAAUACCUCUUCUCUGCCAUGAUCCAGAGGGCUCUACUGGCUCCCAUGGUGUGGAUCCUGGUCACUCUGCUGGAUGGCAAGAUCUUCAUCUGUGCUUUCAGCAUGGGUGUGGACCCCAUAUACUUCUCUGGUAUGCCCAACAUCACAGGUCUGGAUGUGGUCAAGCUCAUGGCCAAGGUCCCCUGCAAGGAGGACAUGAUCUUUAGAAACAGCACGUUCCGCAAAGCCGUCUCACGCUAUGUCCGCUGUUACUCACAAGCGAUUGGCUGGGCCAUCCUCCUCUUCCUCAUUCUCCUGGGUGCGGUGGGGCGCCUCGUCAAGCCGUGCUUCAACCACGCCACCUUCCUGCAGACGCGCUACUGGAGCAACUACCUGGACGUGGAGCAGAAGCUCUUCGACGAGACCUGCGUGCUGCACGCUCGGGACUUUGCCCGCAAGAGCGUGGUGCAGUUCUUCGAGGGGAUGCGCGAGGACGCGGUGCUCCGGCUCCCCCUGUCGUCCACCCCGCGCGGUCGGACAGAGAAGUACGAGGAGGAGGAUGAGGAGGAGGAGAGACUGCAUGGGAUAACCAAGCAGGAGCAGGUGGACCAGCUGUUGUGCAAGUGGUACCUGUGUAAGCCUGAACUGGAUGUCACCAAGAUGGCCUUCAGGCCCAGAGUGUGCAUCACCUGGGAGGACCACAACGGACGAACCCUCUACUCAGAUGUUUAGGCUUAGACUUUGUGUGUGUGUGUGUGUUUGCUUUCCCGUCUGUCAGGUCAGGAGAACAUAGAUGGCCCUGACGAUGAUGGUGAAAAACCUGCACUACAGUCAAAUUUGAA